GAGGAAUGCAGUCGGAGCAGGUUGCUGGGAGUGCCGAGUCGUCUCCCUGACACUCAGAGAAGCAGCUGAACAUUCAGGCAGAGUGAGUGCAGGAGGGAACACACAGCCGGUGGGCCUGCAGCAUCGGGACCCCCCAACACUGAGCUGUCCGGGCCGAGACCCGCAGUUAUGGCGGAGCAGGGAAACUUCACCUUGGAACUCUUCGUAAAGGCCAGCGACGAUGGCGAGAGCAUUGGCCACUGCCCCUUCUCCCAGCGCCUCUUCAUGAUAUUAAUCCACAAGGGGGUCCCCUUCACCCUCACUACUGUCGACAUGAAAAGGGCCCCAGAAGUGCUGAGGGAUUUGGCCCCAGGUUCCCAACCGCCAUUUCUCCUCUACAACAAUGAAGUCAAAACAGACACCAACAAGAUCGAAGAGUUUUUGGAAGAGCUUCUCCAACCCCCCAGUUACCCCAAGAUGGCUCCCGAACAUAAGGAAUCGUUCCAGGCAGGAAGUGACGUAUUCCACAAAUUCUCUGCUUAUAUCAAAAACCAACUGCCGGCACAGGAAGACGCUCUGCAAAGGAACCUGCUGAAGUCUCUGCUGCUCUUGGACAAGUACAUGUUGGUCCCCCUCCCGCAGGAACUGAAAGCCAACCCCAACCAAUCAGUCUCACAGAGGAAGUUCCUGGACGGCGAUACUCUGACCCUGCCCGACUGCAACUUACUGCCCAAGCUCAAUAUUAUCAAUACGGUGUGCAAGUACUACCGCAAGUUUGAGAUUCCCAAAGACCUGAAGGGGGUGACCCGCUAUAUGGAGAACGCGUCUCAGAUGAAGGAGUUCAAGUACACCUGCCCCAACACAGAGGAGAUCCUCCUGUUCUACCGCUCUUGGGUGAAGCCAAUGAACUAAGGGAUUCCCAGGCCCCACCCUGUUAAGACUGAUCACAUGGGCCCAAGCAGAGAGCCCCCAGCUUUCCCAUAAGGCCACACCUUCCAACGCACGACAGAGGCCGCCAUCUUUUCCCAAGUGCCGACCCACCUCUCUGGCACCUACAGCUUCAACUCCCGGCACCCUGGGACUUCAAUCAGACAUUAAGUGGCGACUUAGGCUUCCUAAAUGUCACCCUUUAUAUCCCACCGAUGUUUGUACUCGCACAGCCAGCGCCGGAACCAUUGCUGGGUUUGGGCUCCGGUCCUGACCAAUAACAGCGCUGAUCUAUGUAUCAAGCUCCGCCCAGGAUUCCUGUAUUUAAUUCAUUUUUAUUUAAAUCCACAGUAUUUAGCGCAACAGAUAAAAAAAAGCUACAAAAACAAACGCAAUAAAUUAGAGCGUUCCCUUUAGCGUGGAAAGCAAUCUCAUUGGCUGCAUAGAAGCCAGUACAGCCUGCAGCAUGUAUGCCAUAUAUAUAUAUGACUUGGAGAGAUUAAAACUAAAUCUAUGCUAUGGACAACAAUGGGCUUAAUUCCGUUCUAAAUAAAGUUAUUUUCUGUUUU